UGUACCAAAGUCCGUGUAAUAUCAAACUACGCAUUUUUGUGAAUUAAGUCAUUUUUCCGGCAGUUUCUUAUAAAUUGAAUAAUUUAGAAUGGAAGAGGAAACUAGCCCAUUUAUACGAUUUAUGCAUAAAUUGUACUACAUGUUCGAUACACCAGUUGUUUUCUUUCGAAAAAAUAUCGUCGAAGCAAAUCAAAAGAAGUAUCCAUGGUACCAUCAACAAUUCCGUCGCGUUCCAACAAUUGAUAUGUGUCGCCAAUUGGACACAGCUUGUAUUUUGGAAGCACAUUACCAAUUUAAACGCGAAAGGUUGGUUGACAAUGAAAUUCUUCAUAUAUUAAGAGAACGAUAUGAAGAGUGUGUAUUCAACAAUAUUAACGAUAAACAUCUUUGUCAACAUAUGAAGAAAGCAUAUGAUGGGGCUGUUGCAAACUACAGAUCGAGAUAUGGAGAUCUUGGUGUAAAAUUUAAUGUAAGGACCGCAUUUAUGAAACAAAAGCAUCGCAUGAUUUGGGAACGACGACAUGGACCUAUCGGUAGUGGUAGGAAGGAGACAUAUGCCAUAUAAUAAUAAUAAUAUUAAAUUUUGUAGAUUAUUGAUACACAAGGUAUGUGUUUACAUUCUUGUAUAGGAAAACUGUAAAACAAGCUGAAUAAAGUAUUAAAUUUGA